AUUACAUGAUUAUGCUCCUCCCGAAAUGAUUAAAAGAAAUUUCACCAAAUAAAACUAUACACAACACUGUACAGUUAGCUUGCUCUCUUUUUCAAAAUCAUCAUGACGCGUUUAAACAAUGUGUUUAAAACUCAACAUUGAAUAUUUCAGAUCAGACCCUUAUUAGAACAGGUGGAGGAACCGGCUCCACCAGCGCGCAACCCUCAAACUGUUUAAACACUCGGCUCAACGUGUUUGUGCCAUGCCUCGCGUAAUAUAAUACUUUUUAUGGAAUUGAUCAAUUAAGGAAUAUGUGAAACAUAAGAAAAGCAGGUCUCGCAGCGCAGGCGUAACUCUGAGAACGAAAGAUGGCAAUUAGGUUCUUACCCAGACUGAAACCUCAUCAUCGCCGCUAUAUGAUUCUGCUCAUGAGCUUCACGAUCAUCAUGUGUUUGUACUUUGAAAACUCGUGGAGGCCUUUGACCGUCAACUAUCAUGUGUCCGAGCCCAUUGCCUGCAUUAAUCGCACGUGCGCUCCGGACCGCGAGCGCACGGACUGGUUCUGCGCGCGUUACGCACCAACAGUCCAACUUUUGCUCAACAGCAGCAACAGCGUAUUAAGCGCAAACGUAUCGAGAUGGUGGAUGGGACUACAAAAUGCAAUACGUGCUGCCAACUACACAACCUUGGUGGAGAGCCUGUUCCCGCUCUUCCCAGAUCAAGAACACUACUCGGAUAGUCAUCCACACCACCGCUGCAGAUCCUGUGCUGUUGUCGGGAACUCAGGAAACCUUCUGGAAUCGCAUUAUGGACCUCUCAUAGAUUCCAACGACUUUGUCAUGAGGAUCAAUAAAGGUCCCACAGAGGGUUUUGAAGAGGAUGUGGGUUCAAAAACCACGCACCGGAUUUUCUACCCUGAGAGCGCAAUGGAUUUGGACAACUCCACCCAUCUGCUGCUUUCUCCUUUUAAGAUUUUGGACAUCGAGUGGCUUAUCAGUAUCUUUACCACUAAACACAUCAACAAAACAUAUAUGGAUGUUCCAUCUACAAUAAAUGCCAAUAAGGACAAGGUGAUGAUACUUCACCCAGAGUUUAUGAAAUAUGUCUAUGAGAACUGGACAGAGAAUCAUGGCAGAUAUCCGUCUACUGGUUUCCUAAUGGUGAUAUUCGCUUUGCACAUCUGUGAUGAGGUUAAUGUUUUUGGGUUUGGAGCUACAAAAGAUGGAAAGUGGCAUCAUUAUUUUGAUCAAACAUUGACUCCAUAUGCUAAUGAAAGUCAUUCGGGAGACUUUGAAUAUGAAACAAUCAUUCGACUUCACCGGGAAAAGAAGCUUUUAAUGCACAAGGGUUGGACAUGAAGGAAGUCGCAUUUCAGAGACGUUCCUGGAAGAACGAUGUCAUUGUUGUACAACACCAAAUUGCAAUAUUGCAGUUUGGGGUAGCAGAGGAUUUUGAUUGAAUGUUUCCCCUCAAGAGGACAUGAAGAGUGACAUGAAGACAAAAACAUUGACUUUAUGAAUUUUUAUUUAUGAAUGCUGUCAGAUAUUGGCAGAUGGUCAGAUUGUAAUGGUCAUGUGAUGGACGGUUGGAGUGCCAGAGUUAACAAAUGUACUGUCAAGCUAAAUUAUGCUAUACAUUCUCAAGGGACUUUUAUUAUAAAAGUUUCAUUAUAAAUGCACUCCCCCCCCCAAAAAAAAAAAAAAAUUCAGGACAUGCAACUGACAUGAAAAUUUGAAACUUAGAAUUUAACAAAACAUAUUAAAGGCGGAGUCCACGAUGUUUGAAAAACGCUUUGAAAAAGGAGACGGGCCGACUACCAAAACACACUUAUAGCCAAUCAAAUCAAAUCAAAUGCCGGGUUGCGUAUGUGUGGGGCGGGUCUUUCAACAGAAGGUCCACAUUCUAUUGGGGUAGGGGCGUGUUUGUUUAGGUGAUUUCAAAUAUCAACAUUGGCUUUCAAACAUCAUGGACUCCGCCUUUAAAUGAUGUAGGCUGAUGGUUAGUAUUUUCCUGAUGUUUAAUAACACAGAACUUAUGAUAAAUUAAUGUAUUUUAUAAAAUGUCAUAAAACUGGGCCCCCUCCGGCACCAUGCCUUGCCCCAAGUCUGAGAACCUAUGGGUUAAAUUAACCUAGAAUUUAUUUAUAUUUAACCAAAACAAUAGGUUAAAUUACAAACCAUUAGGUUUUGUUUGUCUCUUUUUGACCCAAUGUUGUGUCUUUAAAUGAACCUAGUAUUUAUUAGUGUGCAUGUGAGAAAUAUCUUUAACACACCAACCUAUUCAACCUAUUUUUAUAGGUCCGGAAAAACUUUAUGGAAAUCAUUUGUUUAUAAAACAAAUCAACACAACAGUUUGGGAAAAACAUAAGUGUAUUUUGCAUUUAAAGUAAAUUUUU